CUCGGUCCUCCUCCUCGGCUGUACUUUCACCGGGCAGCUAGCGACAGCGUUGCGCAGCAUUGAACUUGCGACACCUGGAAGCAGCUGUGUGACUAAAAUAACCAAAAUUAACUUUUCAAGCGGACGCGAUUUUCACGAAGUAAUCCAGUAACCAUGACUAGCUACCACAAACCCGAUGAAAAAACCCUGCAGGGGCUGAAAGACAUCGCUAACAAGCUCAGGAUCCACUCCAUCAAGGCAACAUGCGCCUCUAACUCUGGUCACCCCACAUCAUGCUGCAGUGCAGCAGAGCUCAUGUCCGUGCUCUUCUUCAACACCAUGCGCUACAAAGCAGAGGACCCCCGCAACCAGUGCAACGAUCGCUUUGUGCUCUCAAAGGGUCAUGCUGCACCUGUCCUGUAUGCUGCCUGGGCUGAGGCGGGAUUCGUGAAGGAGUCUGAUCUGCUCAACCUGCGCAAGAUUGACUGUGACCUGGAGGGCCACCCCACACCCAAACUGGAUUUUGUUGACGUGGCUACAGGAUCUCUCGGACAGGGUCUUGGGGCAGCCUGUGGAAUGGCCUAUACCGGCAAAUACUUUGACAAAUCCAGCUACCGUGUAUACUGCAUGAUGGGUGAUGGAGAGUGUUCAGAGGGCUCAGUGUGGGAGGCCAUGGCCUUUGCCUCCUACUACCAGCUGGACAAUUUGGUGGCUAUCAUGGAUGUCAAUCGGCUCGGGCAGAGUGAGGCCGCACCCCUGAAGCACGACAUGGAGGCCUACCGCAAGCGCUGUGAAGCCUUUGGGUGGAACACAUAUGUUGUGGAUGGACAUGACGUGGAGGAGCUCUGCAAAGCUUUCUGGCAGGCUCAGCAGGUUAAGGACAAACCCACUUGCAUUGUAGCCAAGACAUUCAAGGGCAAAGGACUCAAAAAUAUUGAGAAUCUUGAUAACUGGCAUGGAAAGCCCAUCCCCAAGGAUAGAGUAGAUGACCUUCUGAAUGACCUGCAGGCUCAGAUCCAGGUCCCCAACAAGACCCUGUGCCCUGAGCUGCCUAAAGAGGACACAGCACCUGCAGACCUUAGACCCAUCCUCCUGCCUUCACCUCCAGCAUACAAAAAGGGAGACAAGGUUGCAACAAGGCGUGCAUACGGUGUGGCACUAGCCAGACUCGGCCAGUCAAGCCAGAGAGUGGUGGCCCUUGAUGGAGACACCAAAAACUCGACCUUCUCAGAGACCUUCAAGAAGGCCUUCCCUGAUCGCUACAUAGAGUGCUUCAUUGCUGAACAGAACAUGGUAGGAGUGGCCAUUGGCUGUGCCACCCGUGACCGCACGGUUUCAUUUGCAAGUACGUUUGCGGCCUUUUUCUCCAGAGCCUAUGACCAGAUUCGUAUGGGAGCCAUCUCUCAGUCUAAUGUCAACCUGGUAGGGUCCCACUGUGGAGUCUCCAUCGGUGAGGAUGGCCCUUCCCAGAUGGCCCUAGAGGACUUGGCCAUGUUCCGUGCUAUCCCAACAUGCACUGUUUUUUACCCUAGUGAUGCAGUGUCCACAGAGAGAGCUGUUGAGCUAUCAGCCAACAUAAAGGGUAUCUGUUUCAUCCGUACCAGUAGACCAGACACUGCAGUCAUCUACUCUCCAGAUGAGAAAUUUGAAGUGGGUGUAGCCAAGGUGGUGCGCCAGUCUGACAAUGACCAUGUGACUGUGAUUGGAGCUGGGGUUACUCUGCAUGAGGCCCUUGCCGCUGCUGAUAUGCUGGCAAGUGAAGGGAAGAACAUCCGUGUGAUUGACCCAUUCACCAUCAAGCCCCUGGAUGCCUCUACCAUUCUGGAAAGUGCCAGAGCCACAGGGGGACAGAUCAUCACUGUUGAGGACCACUACAAGGAGGGUGGUCUUGGUGAAGCAGUGCUGUCAGCAGUGGGCAAGGAGCCUGGCAUCGUUGUGACCCGGCUGGCUGUGUCCGGUGUCCCCCGCAGCGGAAAGCCUCAAGAGCUGCUCGACAUCUUUGGCAUCAGUGCCAAGCACAUUGCUGCCGCCGUGCGUCAGACCUUUGCAAACUAAGGACUGCGCCUGAUCUCCCGCUCACUGCUCUUUUGCAUCACAACCAACUUUCUGCCCAACUUGCAACUACCUGGCAUGAUCACGUGAAGACCUGUGAACUUCUGUGCUCAAGUGCUAUCUUGUGGCUUUAACUCGAGUGCAGUGUUUUAACCCUGUGAUGUUAUUACUAUUACAGAUGGAGAGAAAUGGGAAUUGGAGGGCAGUGUUGUUGAAGCCUGUAGUGUCAAUAUUACUCUCUGUGUGCACCCUCUAGUGCCCUCUGCUCCCAGUGGGUUCUGCUGUUCUUCAACAUUCCUGUCUUGUAUCCUGAUGGUUUCAAAAAGGUGUCUUGCAAGAAAAAAAGCAUCACUAAAUGCUAUAAAUGCGGUACAUUAACCUGUCACACCAGUUGCCUGUCCAGGUUCUGGUCUAUUGUCAACUGUCAGGCCACGAUUUCUGUUCUCCAUUCCAACCAUCAUCUUUCUUUCACAUUCCUUACAACCAUGCGUCAUGUCUCGUCACUCAUGCCUCUUUUUUCUCAGAAGCAGUUACUGUUUUGUCAUGAAUCUAAUGGACUAGAUCACUUUAUUUCGAUGUGUUCGCUCAAAGCUCGUAGCGCUUAGUUGUGGUAGAGAACUGUUUCUACAGACCCAGUGUGAAAAGUUAACCUGUUUAGUUAUAAACUGUUUGAGCAUUCAUCAUGAUUCCUGGCCACACAGGCAUGGCACAAUGUUACUGGCAUUCCAGGCCACUGGUGUCAUCCUGUUAUAGCUGUGAUGUGCUGAAUUAAAAAUAAAUAACCCAA